GUGUUUGUCGCAGCGCUGGCAGCGAGGAGGAAAUGCAUCCAACUCGUGCACGGUGCUGUCGCUGCUCGGAGCGCAGAGCGCCUUCAUGGGCUCACUGGCUACUGGACCAGUGGCCGAUUUUAUUUUUGAGGAUUUUCAGAAGUACCAAAUCGAUGUGUCUCUGGUGUCUGAGCACGCUCAGUGUGUCCUUCCAGCCUCUGUGGUCAUCAGCAACAUCAGCACAGGAAGCCGCACCAUCCUGCACAUGAACAGUUUCAUCAUGGCUGACUUCUCGCGGCGAGCAGUUGAUGUCUCAGCGGUGGUUUGGAAGGUUGAAGGUCAAACCCCGUCUGCGUGUUGUGUUGUUUGUCCGUCCAGUGGAUCUCGAACCGUCGUUCUCUCUGACACGUAAGACGACCUGAUAACCGGCAGGCGCCACACAGCGUUUACUAAACACCUCAUUAUCAAUGUGACCUCGUAACCAUAGAGACGGGCGUGACAUCGCUCCUAUGAAUCAGAUAAUAAAUCAGUCAGCAG